UCAGGUUUUGACUCUUCCAAGUUAUUGAAAUUAAUGAAACUAUAUUGAACAGAUUUUUAUUAAGUUUAUUUAAAACUCUCUUCGAUGUAAAUAACAUUCAGUUGCUGGGGGCUAUUAAAUCGAUAAAUCUCAAUACUGUUCCCUGAAGAAGCCAUCAUUCGGAAAUAAUUCGUCGAAAUUAAAUUGUAUCGUUAAUUACAUCAGAAGAUUGUCCGCAAUCGCAGACAUUGUUAUCAUCUUUUCGAAUUUAAUUCUUGUUAAUCCGAACAAGUAUUUGACAUGGAUGUUAAACAAGAUUCCUCGAGAGAAGCAUUCCAGCAGCUUCCAUACAACGGAACCGGUGAUGCGGUAAAUUAAUUAAUUUCAACGUAAUAAUUUAUUGAAUUCCAUCUCUAUUAGAGAAAAUCAACGACAUUGUACGCAGUUCAUUAAAAUGCAAAAUGCAUGUACUGUUUUGCGAUUAAGCCAUUAAUAAUUCAGUGUUAAUAGUCUCGGACACUUGGCGAUAAUGUAAUCGGACCUGUCAUGAUUCAUUCAAAAAAUUUCCAUUACAUUUACGUUACAUACGUUGACGGUUCGGAGAUUGAUUUUUCUUUUUUAUAUUGAUAUUUAUGGCGCUCUAAAUCGUGAUAUUUAUAGCGAUUAUCAGCUGAUAUCAAGGCCAACUUGAUGCGUAAUGGAGAUAACGGAUACAGAUUUGCAUAUUGAUGCCCAAAUCUUUUCAAAAAGAUAACUUAUUAGGGAUAUGCGAGCCGCUUGACAUUCGAGCUCAAGUCGGCCCAUUAGAAAUUCCAGCGAAACAUGGGAACUUUCGGGCAGCCCGAUUGCCACGACCAGCUCAUAACUCGAUCAGACAUUGAACAUUUUUCAAAGAAGGAAACGCGACAAACAUGUCGGCAAACUUCGGGGCGGGACUCACGUCGGCUUUGUACACCCUUACAACUUAUGCGUGUUCAAAAUGAAUACUUUUCCAGCCUGUUAUGCCCUGUCCCAUGAUGGAAUCUACCAAAGGUGAAACGGGAGACAAGCCACCUCCUUACUUUACUCAACCGGGAGACGAAUUUCCGGUACAACCGGAAGGAUCCAUGGAACCGAUCGGUCCAUGGGCCACGGGUCGCGUAACGUUCAACCCUAAAGAUGGUUUAACAGGAGUGAGACCAGUUGUCGAUCGAUAUUCUGUAACUCAAUUUGGAGCACCUCAAUGGAGAGCCCACAAUCAAAAGUUUUUCGAACAAUCGAAUGAAAAGAUACGAGACACCCAACUUGCUAUAAACAACGCGAAACGAUGCGUUGAUAAAUCGUACAGAGAGGCGGACAAGAAACAAUUGGAAUCGACGGAUCAUUUGAAGGAUCGAGCAAGAGACGUGCAUCAGUGGAAAACCGAAUUAGAACACUUCAUACUUGACAUUACCAAAGAGAUUGAAUUAUUGGAGGCUGAACGACGACGUGUCAAACACUCCUUAUCGGUUCUCACGAUUCCCGAGUCGAUCGCUGGGGAAUUUUUACAAUUGCGUUCUAAACGCCUCGAAUCCGACCUUAUCCGAGACGAAGUCGAGGAGGAGUUAACGAAAGAAGUAGCUCUUUGCUAUGAAAUACGCGAUCUGCUCGGUAGAACUCGAGAACAAAUAGAAAUGCAACUGAUCGAACUGAAGGCAGCGAAAACAAGAAUGGAAGUCGAUUGGACUGAUAAGACAGACGCUUACAGCAUUGAUGCCCACGCUUUACAAUUAAAAAACAAUUCUCCGGUUAUACUGUGGGCACCCGGUGCUACAAGAUUUCCGGCGGAACAAUCGACACCUGCGAGUUACGAGCAUUACACGCGAGAAAGUUUAAGCGACGCGGAGUCUGCAAAGCAAAAAUCGGCGAACCUGAGGUCCACUUUGAGCGCAAUAUACACGAAUUCAAUUAAAGAUCUUCGCGAUCAAGCUACCCGCGUGGAACUCGUAUUAGGAGAAAAGAUUAAGCUUACGGAAGAAGUCCGUCUACAAUUAGAGAAAGAAUUGCUUCGCUGCUUGCAUGAGUUAGCAAAUACUGAAAAAGCUAUUGAUGAGCUUCGUCAUUCAACGAGGGGCUUGGAUUGUGCAAUGAAAGUGGCGCAAACUCGAUUGGCGAAUAGAUUACAACGUCGUAACGUUGAAAGCUGUCGUGAUGUACCUCAAUUUGCUCUCGUCGAGGAGGUAAAAAUGUUAAAUGAACGCACGUCGGCAAUGCUAGCAGAAUUGAAACGAGCCGAGGAGACGCAAGCUGGUCUUGUUAAAGCAAGGAGUGACCUCGAACGAGAAAUAAUCGUGAAACGUAAAACACUGUACAUAGAUAAACAACGUGGUCAACUACUACGAUCGUUUUAUCCUUCGGCUACAGCUCUUUCUGGUUUUUAAUAACUAUAUCGCGGUAUCUUAAUUUAAAAUAUCAAGUAUUAAAAAGAAAUUUUCGAUUUUAUACGAUAUAAAAACAUAUGAUAGAGACAUGUUAAAUACGGUUAGUUCUGUAAAUGUAUUUUGGAAGUACACGACUUAGUCACACAAAAAUAUAGUAGUCUUAGGAUUUAUGUAUAAUUGUUUUAUAGUAUUUUUGUUUUGAUAUUUUAUAAAAAAAUGGAAAAUAUAGGGCCUGGAUGUCUUGGA